UAAAAAAUACCAAAAAAAUAAAAAGAAGAAAGAAGAAAGAAACAAAACAAGAAGAACAUCAUAAGCGAAAAUGUUCCACCACAACAACAACAAUAAAUAAAACACAGAGAAAGAGAAAGAAAAAAGGUCGUUAUUGAUUUUUCUCAUUCAUUCACUGCUCUUGCUCACUGUUAUCACUGCAACCAACACUCUUCUGUUUCCUGGACCCUCCAGAAACUCAGCUUCUUCCUCUUUCUUCCCCCCUCUCUUUCUCUCUCUAACAAUCUUAACCAAAACUUUUUCUCAUCCACGGAAGAAAAAGCCAAAUUGACAGUAAUAGUAGUAGAAGUAGUAGCCACAAUAUCAGCAACAGCAGAAAUCUUGUUCCUUCCUUACUUUUUCUUCUUCUGAAUAUCUAUCUAUCUUUCUUUCUAUCUCUCACCCCACCAUAUAAGAUCUACACCACCCCACAUUAUUUACUUCUUUUACAACAAACUUUUAUAAUUAUUAAGAAUUAUAUUCUAUAGUUGUGGCUACUACAAGGAGAUUGCCUUCAGAUUCAGGAGCUUUCGCUGAUUGGGCAGCAACUUCGUCUUCUACACCUCGGCCUGCUGCUCCCGAAGAUCUCUCACUCGGUUUCAAUGCCGGUCCUACCACCGGAAACACCGGACCUUCCACCGGACCCACCUCCGGGUUAUGGCAAAGUUCUUCCAGAGCUAUCAAUUACGGUCCUGAAAUGGGUAUGUUCGUUGUAGCACCAUCUCCUUUUCAUCACCACCACCAUGAAUCUCUCAUCUCCGAUUCUCAUCCUCAUUCUCUUAACCCCGCCACCGCCCUCGGCGUCGGGGUUAUCCCUUUACUCACCGCUUCACCUUGUCUUGAAAAUGAAAACAUGUUAAACUUAAACACCAGAAGAAACCAUAACCAUAACCAAAACCAAAACCAACAAGGUAUUCAAUUUUGGCAUGAACCACAACCACAACAACAUCAUCAACAUCAACAUCAUCAGCAACAAAAUUCACACUCACACUAUUUGAAAAAACAAGGUUUUCUUGAUCAUCAUAAUACAAGUCCAACUAAUUUAGUUCAUCAUGGUGGUAGUAGUAGUGGUGGUGGUGGAGGAGGAUUAACUGCUUCCGGAACAAGCAGUGGUGGAGGAACGACAACUUGUCAAGAUUGUGGUAACCAAGCGAAGAAAGAUUGUAGUAAUAGAAGAUGUAGAACUUGUUGUAAAAGUAGAGGUUUUGAUUGCCCUACUCAUGUUAAGAGUACAUGGGUACCUGCUGCUAGAAGAAGAGAACGUCUUGCUUCUGCGACGACAACCACCGUGGUUGCUGGUGGUGGUUCUAGUGGUUCAACUUCUGGUGCUAAAAAACCUAGACUCAUAGCUUCACAAACUACUUCUCACACUUCCACUUCUAAUACUACACCCCCUAGAAGCUUUGACACCACCUCUAGCCAUCAAGAUGCAGGUUUCAAAGAGUCAAUGCCGGGUCAAGUUCGCGCACCAGCAGUAUUCAAGUGCGUUAGAGUAACAUCCGUAGACGAUGGAAAAGACGAGUAUGCAUAUCAAGCCGUAGUGAAGAUCAAUGGCCAUGUUUUUAAAGGUUUUCUCUAUGAUCAUGGUGUUGAGAAUAGAGAAGUUUAUCCGAACCUCUCCGAGCUUCAUUUAGGUGGUGGAAGUGGGAAUAGUGGAGGUGCAAAUAGAAAUGUUGCUUCAUCUUCUUCACCAAUGUUAGAUCCUUCUCAUGAUGUUUAUGCAGCAGCUUCAAGUGGAGGUUUACUUGGAAAUUCAGGUUAUGGUGGUAAUCAAAUAAAUUGAAUUUUCUUAAUGUUAAUUUUUCCAAGUAAAGCAAAGUAUUUAUAGUUUAUACUUGGAGAAGAUUUAUGAUAUUUGUAGUAGUAAUCUUGGAGGGGUGGGAAAAUUAAUUAAUUUUCUUCUCUAUUUUCAUCUAUAUAGAAUUUGUACCUUAUUGCAUAUUUCACUCUUUUUCUCCA